AUGGAAAUAAUAUUGAAUGACCUUGAUAGCGAUUGCACUGAAUGUGUCACAGUGCGGAAGACAUUUGCUUGCCUUCAGGCGGGUGUUCAAUGAAAGUGUUUGUUUAUAUGCAUUUCCAGACUCUCAGUGUUGGGCUCUGACUGUAAAGGGGUCGUUGUACACGAUUCAGGAUGUUUUGCUGCAAUUGCGCGGGGCUUUGGGGAACAGUUGCAGUGGUUACAGCAGAUGGAAGAAUGAUUGUGGGAACCCUAAAAGGAUUUGACCAAACCAUCAAUCUAAUAUUGGAUGAAAGCCAUGAGCGAGUAUUUAGUUCACAACAAGGCGUGGAACAAGUAGUACUCGGCUUGUACAUAGUAAGAGGAGAUAAUGUAGCAGUGAUUGGUGAAAUAGAUGAAGAAACAGAUUCUGCAUUGGAUUUGGGAAAUAUCAGAGCUGAACCUUUAAAUUCUGUGGUACACUGAAAGAUUUAAGAACUUUUUGUGAAUGCAUGGCUGGCAUUAGGAAGAUUGGAAAACUGAUACUUUCACAAAUAGCGUGUGUAGGCGGUUUGAUGUUUGAAAGAAAAAAUUCCUAUUUGAAUAUUUUUAUGUCUUUGUAGUUUUGAAUAUUUACAUAAAUAUUUCUUAAAACUUGAUUGUAUUGAUUACUUGGUGACAUAAAAAAAAACUUAAUAUGAAAUGUUAAGCUAAAUUCAGUAUUGGUUAAUUGUGCUCAGUUCCAAAAACCUAGCUGUGCAAUUUUAGUUAAAAUGAUGCCUAGAGCCAGACACAACAGAUCAAUAAACUUUAAUGGUAUGUGCUGGCUGACAGCUUAAUCACUUGAAUGUUUUGGUGCUAUGUACCUUUAUUUCUUUCCUUAAAGCCCAUCUUUUAAAGUAAUGCUGCUUCUGCACCUUUCCCAAAAAUCUAGAAGUGUUCUUCAGAGAAAUUGUAUGCAUAGUUUAUGACCUGUCCAAAUUGGCCAAAUUUUAAUUUGGUGACUGGGUUUGUGGGUGAUGGGGGAGGAUGGAGGGGUGGUAGUGUGGGCCCUGAUUUUUUUUUUUCAAAUGUCUGACUCAUGGAAACUCAUAUUUAUAACAUCCCAUAUUACUAUUACUUUUAAGGAUCCAAUAUGUGGAUGUUCAUUUGCAUUUAUAAGUGGAUAUUUUACACUGAUCUACUGUGUUCUGACUUGUGUACAGAUCGACUUAUGAAUGUACUCAGAUCUGUUUGUAAACCGGAGACCUCCUGUACUAGUACCAUCAGUUUACAUCCAUCUGAAUUGUGCUGUUUUUGAAUGUGUUUGGUACUAAGAUAUGCCCAGAUAGUACGAGAAAACAUGAGUCCAGCAACACACAAACUCCUUUCACAGUGGCAAUUCAUGCUUUUGAAUGUGGUGGGAAAAUGUAAUGUUUCUCCAGAGAUUUGGAAAUCAAAUCUGUAUUUUGAACUGGAUUGUUUUAUUUUAAUUUAUUGUGUAAAUAUUGCUGAACUCAUGAUCAGAAAUAUGGGCUUUUUUAAGAUAAAAUGGCAGAAAUUUGGAACGUUUUUCUCCCAAAAAGCUGGCAGGAUUGGAGCUUUCAAGAUUGAGGAAGGUGGAUAAAGCGGAACCAAUAAUAUAUUUGGAUUACUAAAAGGGAUCUGGUCAGGUAUGUAUGAAACUACUUAAAGUCUCAGGUGAUCAUGAAAAUAAUGGUAGGUUGACCUUUAUUUCAAAGGGAACGGAAUAUAAAAAUAAGCAAAUCUUGCCCAAAGCGAAACACAGCACUAAUCAGAAAUACUGACAUUGAUGGCAGGUCAGAGAGGUUUCACUAUGUUGAAGCUGUGUAUAGACUGACUUUGAAUAGUUUAGGUCUAUACUCAUUGGAAAUUCGAAGAAUGAGAGUUCACUUUAUUGAAAUGUCUAAGAUUCUUAGAGGCUUGAUAGGUUAAGUUUGGAGAGUUUGUUUUCACUCUGGGAGAGUCGAGGCCCAGCAGGUGUAACGUCAGACUGAAGGGUCACCCAUUUUAAAACAUGAGGAAAAAUUACUUCUGUGAGGAUAGUGAAUCUGUGGAGUUCUUUAAAGCAGAGUGCUGCCAAGAUUGGGUCUGUAAGAAUUUUUAAGGCUGAAAUAGACAUUAAUCAGUGAGGUGUUCAAAAAGGAGAAAAAGGCAGGAGUUGAGGAUUAUAAGAUCAGCCACGAAUCGAUUUCUAUUGGAAGCAAAAGACAUUCAAAAGUGAUUCACAUUCUGCAGAUUCCUAGGAUAAAGCAGUUAUCAAGCAUGGCUAAUAAAUUAUGCUUUUAUUCAUUUGAGUUUAGAAUCAUGAGCAUACUCUAAUUGAUCUAUGCUUGAUUUAAAAUGUAAAGCUUGGCAGUUAACUGUAAGUCAGCAUUAAUAGGUACAUUCACCAUGGUACCUCUAUCAAUCAGUGGCCACUUGCUGACCAGUCAGCAUUUUAAAUGUUAUUUUCCUUUAAUUUCAUGCAAGUUUCUUAGGUUUGAGUGUAAGACAAAAAGCUGAAUUAAUGAGAGAAUUUCUUUUUCAGCAACUCUCAAGUUCAGUUGUCACUAGGUAAUGAUCCCAUUUAAUGAGCUAGUGCAGGCAUGAUUGGCUGAAUGGCUUCCUGACGUGCCAUAACACUUGUGUGAUUUCAUUGAUUUUGUACUACCAAAUGACUCUGCAGCCACCUUGUUUUGGUUUACAAAAACAAAGUUGUUGGAAAAGCUCAGAGGGUCUGGCAGCAUUUGUGUUGGAAAAAAAGAGUUAACAUUUUGGGUUUGAUGACCAUUCCUCAGAACCGGACCGGAAACGUUAACUCUGUUUUUCACUUCACAGAUGCUGCCAGACCUGCUGAACUUUUCCAGCAACUUUGUUUUUGCUCCUGAUUUACAGCAUCUGCAGUUCUUUCAGUUUUCCUUUUAGUUUAUAUUUGACUGUAGCAGACUAUUGGUCAGUAAAUGCCACUUUUGUUUUAUAAUGAAUAGAAUAGAAAUUUAUCACAUUUUUCAUGUAAAAAUACAGUGGAAAGAUUCAUAAGUCACUCCAUCAUGGCACUUACAUCAGUGACUAGCACUAUUGCCAUUGCUUGCUGUUGAUUGAGGGUAGAUCAAGGGGGAGGUUAUCCAGAUAGGAUUCAUAGAUACAGAAUUGUAGUGCUGAAAUAGUUGGGCCACAGGAAUGGCUGGUUCUGGAACGGAUGUGUUUAGAGUCACAGCACGUGUUGUCGCGGUCCAUAGCUUUUAUUCUAGCCAGUGUGCUUGAUUUUGUUUUUGACAUGGGAAAUUUAAUUGGUUAAGAAAUUGCUUUUGUGGAAGAAGUCUUCAGGAGGAGGCUAAGUUCUGGCUGAAGGUUUUUUUGUAUUGUCCUUUGGAUUCAUGUACUGGACUCUGUCAGCAUCGAAAAUCGGUACAUUCCAGCUCCUCCCAUUAGUAGUUUCCUUGUCGACAAUCAUGUGCAACUGCAUGGAGCAGAACUUUGAUCUGUUAAAAUGAAUGUGGGAAUCACUGAUUUUUUUUUUUAAAAUAGUAUGUUGCUUCUGCUGUUUAUCACUGCAUGUUCUGCUAUAUUGCAGCUUCAUUAGGCUGGCACCUUAUUAUGGUGGAGUGAGUAACAUGGCAGGCCAUGAGGUUGUAAAUACAAUUUUGCUAUUGCUGCUGAUCCAGUAUACCUCAGAUGCCCAGUUUGAGCUAUUGAUCUGCUCUGAAUUUGAUUGCUGGAGCUGAUUGGCCUACUUUGUUCUUAUUAUGGGGACAAGAUAAUAUAAAUUUUCGCUCUGUUUCCUCAUUCCACACUACGAACCUGGCAGUUAUCCAGGACCCAAGUACACUUCUACUGGCCAGUGAUUAUAGGCCACCCGUGGUGAACAUUGAAGUCCUUCACCCAUUCUGCACUCUUGCUGCCCUUAACACUUCAGUUGUUUCAGAUCUCCAAUAUCUGCUGUUCUUUGAUUUAUUUUAUGAAACACUAGCAGUUUGUCACCAUUACUGAAACUAGCUUUUUGUUUGCUUAACCAAAUCUGAAUUUUCUGGCUGAUGGUGUGGGACUGGAGCUCACUUCUGCAUUGGUCCAGACCACUGGACACAAAUCCAGUAACAAAAUUGUUAUACUACAUAACCUGAGGGUAACAAUUGCAAGUAUUUAAACAAUCAGGGAUUCUGUGAUUCAAUGAACAAAUGACAUCAUCCAGGUAAUAUUGCACAUUCUUUGAAGAAAAUCAAAGUUUCCAAAGGAGUAGUCAAAACAACUGAAUUUAAGAAAUUUCCAAUUUCAUGGAGCUACAUCAGUGUAGCAUUCCUGAAUCCAUUAUGAUUACUUCAUUCACAAUGCCCCUAUAUGGAGAAAUUUAGGAAUUUGUCAAUAACAAUUACUCAUAACUUAUAUGAGCAAAAUCUAACUAAUUGAUUCGGUGGGUUAUCCUUCCCAAUAAAACUUAAUUUCAUGAAGUUAACUAUAAUGCAAUUAAUGUGGAUGACUACAGUUUUGGCCUCCUUGUUUAACAAAUGGAUUACAUUUGACCAAUACUUGGGAUGUAGGGUGAUUAUCAGAUGAAGGUAGGCAAAGCAGGAUGGGUCAGUAUGCACUGCAGUUUAAGAUUGAGCUGAAUUAUAACAGAUCUGAGAAAAUUUGACAAGAUGGAUGCUCCCUUGUGGGAGAGACUAGAAGACAGUUUAAAAAUCAGUUGUGUGACCAUUAUUGGUUAUAAGUCUUUGGAACACCACCCUGGAGAACAGCAGAGGCAGAUUCAUUAAACUAUUUUAAGGGAAGAGGGAGAUUGACUGACUUCCUUGGUAGUCAAAGAUCUGAGGUUGAUGGGAAUUUGGAGUUGAGGCCAAAUCAAAUCAGUUAUGUUCUUGUGGAAUUGAUAAUGGGGAACAGGGAAAUGACAUAAUUUAAGACCAGCAUUUUGCAUUGGUCGUCAUGGAGGAUACUAUUAACAUUUCAAAAAUUAGAUAAGCAGGGUGCUAAUGGGACCAAAAACCAUAACAGUCUCUAUAACAA